GGGCAAGGGCAAGAGCGGCUGACGGCUGUAGGGCUGUGCUCCGGCGGGGUGUGUGUGUGUGUGUGUGUCGCUGCGCUCGGACCCGCCUCGUCCAGCAGUAACUGCCGCCUUCGGCUGCUUCUGCCGCCGCGCCUGAGGAGGGAAUCGGGAGCCGGGGCUCGAGCUGAGAAGCAUACACCAUGUCUUCUGUUGAUUCAUCAAAAGAAGACACAAUGUCGUCAGAACAAACAGAUGAGAAGCAACCUGAAACUGAAAACAAAGCUGGGGAAAGUGAUGAAGAUGAAGAAGAAGAGGAGGAGGAGGAGGAAGAAGAAAAGGAGAAGAGUCUCAUUGUUGAAGGAAAAAGGGAGAAGAAGAAGGUUGACCGACUGACCAUGCAAGUGUCUUCGCUGCAGAAGGAACCUUUUACAAUUACACCAGGAAAAGGACAAAAACUCUGUGAAAUUGAGAGGAUACAGUUUUUUCUGAGUAAAAAGAAGACAGAUGAACUUAGGAACCUGCACAAACUCCUCUACAACAGGCCAGGCACUGUUGCAUCCUUAAAGAAGAAUGUGGGUCAGUUCAGUGGGUUUCCAUUUGAAAAAGGAAGUGACCAAUAUAAAAAGAAGGAAGAAAUGUUAAAAAAAUUUAGAAAUGCAAUGUUGAAAAGUAUCUGUGAAGUUCUUGACUUGGAAAGGUCAGGAGUUAAUAGUGAGCUCGUAACCAGAAUAUUAAACUUCCUGAUGCAUCCAAAAUCUUCAGGCAAGCCAUUGCCAAAGUCCAAAAAGCCACAAAGCAAAGGUGGCAAAAAGGAGCGCACUAGCUCUGGAACAACAAGAAAAGCAAAACGCACUAAGUACCCAGAAAUCUUGUCAGAUGAAUCCAGUAGUGAAGAAGAUGAAAAAAAGGAAAAGGAUGAGUCUUCAGAAGAAAAAGAAAGUGAGGAUGAGCCCCCUAGAAAAGCAUCUAAAAGAGAAAAAUCUAAAAAGAUGACUUCUAAAACCAAGAAAGCUUUGAAGGGUGCAAAUGUCAAGAAGGCAGACAGCAGCACUACUAAGAAAAAUCAGAACAGUUCUAGAAAAGAAAGUGAGUCUGAGGAUAGUUCAGAUGAUGAACCUUUAAUUAAAAAACUGAAGAAACCACCCACAGAUGAAGAACUGAAGGAAACUGUCAAGAAUUUGUUGGCCAAUGCAAACUUGGAGGAGGUUACAAUGAAACAAAUCUGCAAGGAGGUGUAUGAAAAAUAUCCUAGUUAUGAUUUAUCUGACAGAAAAGACUUCAUUAAAAAAACAGUCAAAGAGUUGAUUUCAUGAUCUGAUUUGACUGUGGGAAAUGAAGAUUCCUGGGUUUACGUUUCCAUGGAUUUGAAGAUCUGAUAGGCACCAGCAAAAGGAAUGUGUCUUACCCUUGUGGUAUUAAGUCAGAGCUAAUUUUUCUGAUCUAAUGUUAAGAGUGUUAAUGUAAAUUGCUUUGUGUGUUUGGUUUUUUUUUUUGUUGUUGUUUUGUUGGGUUUUUUUUAAAAAGAACUGCAUUUGAUGCAAUUUUAGUUGAACAUACUUAAGUUUAAUGCAUGGCAAUAAAUGUUUCCUUUUUUAUAGUUUUGUACAUUUUGAAUUGCGUUGUAUAACUAGAUUCAUUAGAGCCACCAUAGCUUUUUAGUGUGGAUUACCAGCAUACAGGAGAUUUUAAAAUCUUUUAAAAGAUGAAAGCUGCUUAUCUACAUAUGUACAUGCAGAGACUGCAAUAUUGCAGUAUUGGUUACAGAGAUAUUUUGAAUACAUACUCAUUCUGAAAAUAAGAGUUAGUUACAUAUUAAUCUCUUUUAUAUUCUGAUACAUUCUGCAAAUACAGAAUUCUGAAUCUAGAUUACAGUUUUGCAUGUGUAGGCACUGAAAGAAUUAUCACAGCAUGGUAACUAAUUGGCAUAUAGAUGUUAUUUUUGUACUUCUAAAGGGCUUUUUGUUGUGUAUAUAAAGUUAUUUCAAAUUUCUUUUGUGCAAAUCAGUUUUUUAAUUUUGGUAUCUUUGAAUUUAUGACAUGAAAUGUCAGUGUUCCGCAGUGAGGCAGUGAUAACAAGCGGUGUGCAGAAGUUUCAUGAAAAUGACCUGAGGUUUCAUUAUGUUUUUCUCAUCUUCCCUUGUAUAGAAACUGAACUGUAGGUUUAUGCCUGUAGUUUAACUUUAUACAAAGACUACAGACAUUGAAACAAUGUCUUGGAUGUAGUAAAUAAAAUCCCUCCAAAGGCAAUAGGAACAUUUCUGAAGUUCACUUUGCAAAAUAUCUUUUAUGUUGAUGUCUUGACCUGAUGGCCUAGCAUCUCAGAAGUGAGUAUCCACAAUACACAGCUGGAGGCUUGAUAGCUUUGAAAAUCCACAGUAGGGCUUCCAAAUCGGGCAGCAGUGAUGUGAAUGUAUGUUUAACCUUCUGUGUGGGAAGGCUUUUCUAAACCUUGGCUUCAUUGCCUCAGCAUGGACAAUGGUACUUAUAAGCCUGCGGUCUUGAGCUUUGGCUAGCAGCGUUUAGGAUCAAAGUCAACUCUUCGCAUAAACUUUUGUUUAGGUUUUCUCUUCUCCAUACACUUUGAUUCUCAUAUGGGAAGUCCUACACUUAAAAUCAUAAAACCAAGGGCUGCCGAGGUGGGGGCUGCCAUUCACACCAUGAGCACAGAAUCCCUCUGACUAGAAUUGCUGGAAAGACAGUGUAUUUUUUUGAAUUUUAUUAUUGUACAGUUGAGAAGUAAGGGUUCAUAAGUUAGCUAAAUUCCAAAAACGUUCAGCCAGUUAGACUUUUGAUCUUGCAUACUUUCGAAUUUCUUUGGGUGUAAUCAUUUAUAACAAGGCUGAAUGUAAUGGGGAUUUUUUUGUAUUCAAUAAAUGUCUUUCACAAAAAUGUAAAUCACUUUUAAUCUAACAUUUGCUUACAUGUAUAGUAAAAAAAAAGAUCUAUACAGGAACAAGGUGGUCUGUCUUUAUCUCAUCUGCUAGAAAACAGUGGCUUCUCUAGUUUAGAGGGCACUUGCUGAAAUGUCUGUCCUUGCACACGGGUUUUGUAUCUUCUGUGAGGUUGUUUUGUGUUUUGUGUGUUUUUGUCUCUGAACUGUCUUAGCAGAAAGAACACUUCUUCAUUUGCAAUUAAAAACAUCAAAAAUAUGAGUCAGUCUUAAGAGCAGAAAGUUGUAUUAAGUUAACUUGUAUUAAGUUUUGAUGUUUUACAGAUACUUAAACUGCCUUUUGAUUUUUAUGUAAAUGUGUUAGCCAGUUUUAAUUAUAUGGGUCAGGACCAAAGUAUAAACAUAUUUUAAUAGUUUAAAUUCUAAUGAAAACUUAGAAAAGGAUAGCAUACUUCUAUUUAUUUUAUAUAUGCAUUAGUUGCUACUUUGGAAUUGCACAGAUAGAAUGGAAAUGAACUUAACAACCUUCAAAUGCUUUGUUUAAAUCCCCUAACACCUCAAUGUUAGUCCUCAACAGAGAAGAAAUGUGUUUCCUUGCUAAUCCAUAUCAGUCCGACUGCAGCUGAUAGAGGAUUCCACUUCUUUAUGCAAUUGGGAGAAAGGCUGCAAGACAAUACUAAAAUAAAAUAAAUAAAAAAUAGAGUAAGUAAAUAAAUAAUAAAAUGUCCUGCUUAUCCUGAUGCUGUUGGAUUAGAAGCACGCCUGAUUAAGGAUCCUAAAUCCUGUUCACAGAGUCUUAUAAAAAUAGAAAUGGGUUAACUGGAUAAAAGGUAACUGAAUAAAUUGUUCAGUCAUGUACCUUCCACAUGCUUAAGGUAAUGUCCUGAUCAUUGUAUUCUAGAGAAAAAUAGUCCUGUCAUCUUGAUUUAAUUGCUUCUAGCCCAAUUCCUACACUCCAGUGUAUUGGUUCCUCUUUUUAGUUAGGUUUUUCGUAUUUGGUAUUUUGGUUGGUGACUUGCAAAACCACAAGUUACUGUGAACUAUUUGCAAGUAUAAAUAGCUGUUCUUAUGAGCACUUGGGGCAAUAGUGUAUGGGGCCUGUAGGAGAAGGAAGAUGGAGAGGACUAGGUGGGAAGGAGAUCAGCACUUUGGACUGAAAAGAGGUUAUGUGGUAACCCACGGAUUAAUGGUCAGGCAUGCCUAACCAAGGUGAAAUUAGAAAGACACAGCUGUAAAUUCCAUCCCACUUUUUUUCCAGAAGCUCUAGACUAACAGCCAUCUUGGACCUGAGCAGGCUCUUUAUAGGGUCUGUGGUCUUUCUGUGUUACCCUGUUACAAGGCACAUGCCAGAGCAAGAUCUAAGAAUUGUCUGAGUUUAUAUUAGCCACUGCUAAGCUGUACUUGAAAAUAACCCUUUUGAAGGCUGAUACUUAAUCUGGGCAAAUAAAGCCCCUGGCUGCCAGCAUAGUGAUUCUAGUAAAGCUUAUUAGCUCUUCUGUUUCAGAGAGAGGGGGGGUGGCUCAUUACCACUUGGGCAGAUCUAGUUUUCCUUGUUUCCAAAUCACAAAGUUGACUAUAAUACAGUAGCUCCAACUGGACUAGAUGAAAAUGUUCCUGAAAUUAUUUCUGGUGGUUGUUAGUUAGGGAGAAGAGUGGAAAAAUAUGUAAGAUACCAGAAUAGUGUCUGAAAACAGUAAGAAAUUUAGUAAAAUCAGUUCUCAGCAACUGGAAUAAAGAAACAUCUUGACUGCUGCCAUGUGUGUUGUUUUCCUUCUGCACAGAAAUGUUUCUCCUGCCCUUGAAUUCAGAAUAUUCAUUA